CGUCAUCACGCAGGGCCGAGUCGGCGCGGCCACAUCCUUUAAAUAUGGUCUUUCCCGGGCGCGCGCGACAAUGUGAGGAGUGGGGUGGAGCGUGGUGUGUGGUGUGUGGCUGCGGCCUGGGCAAGAGCCGCCGCGGACCAUGAGCUGAGUAAGUUCUGGAGGGAUCCUGCCUCUAUUGGAACCUUCGCAGCCAGGCAGCUGUGAACUGUGAGCUAGAGUGAAGCAGAAAUCUAGGAAGAUGAGCUCCAAGAUGGUCAUAAGUGAAUCAGGACUGAAUUGGGAUAUUUCCCCAAAAAAUGGCCUGAAGACAUUUUUCUCUCGAGAAAAUUAUAAAGAUCAUUCCAUUGCUCCAAGUUUAAAAGAACUAUGUGUUUUAUCCAACAGACGUAUAGGAGAAAAUUUGAAUGCCUCAGCAAGUUCUGUAGAAAAUGAGCCGGCAGUUAGUUCAGCAACUCAAGCAAAGGAAAAAGUUAAAACCACAAUUGGAAUGGUUCUUCUUCCAAAACCAAGAGUUCCUUAUCCUCGUUUCUCUCGUUUCUCACAGAGAGAGCAGAGGAGUUAUGUGGACUUGUUGGUUAAAUACGCAAAGAUUCCUGCAAAUUCCAAAGCUGUUGGAAUAAAUAAAAAUGACUACUUGCAGUACUUGGAUAUGAAAAAACAUGUGAACGAAGAAGUUACUGAGUUCCUAAAGUUUUUGCAGAAUUCUGCAAAGAAAUGUGCGCAGGAUUAUAAUAUGCUUUCUGAUGAUGCCCGUCUCUUCACAGAGAAAAUUUUAAGAGCUUGCAUUGAACAAGUGAAAAAGUAUUCAGAAUUCUAUACUCUCCAUGAGGUCACCAGCUUAAUGGGAUUCUUCCCAUUCAGAGUAGAGAUGGGACUAAAGUUAGAAAAAACUCUUCUUGCAUUGGGCAGUGUAAAAUAUGUGAAAACAGUAUUUCCCUCAAUGCCUAUAAAGUUGCAGCUCUCAAAAGACGACAUAGCUACCAUCGAAACGUCGGAACAAACAGCUGAAGCUAUGCAUUAUGAUAUUAGUAAAGAUCCAAAUGCAGAGAAGCUUGUUUCCAGAUAUCACCCUCAGAUAGCUCUAACUAGUCAAUCAUUAUUUACCUUAUUAAAUAAUCAUGGACCAGCGUACAAGGAACAGUGGGAAAUUCCAGUGUGUAUUCAAGUAAUACCUGUUGCAGGUUCAAAACCGGUUAAAGUAAUAUAUAUUAAUUCACCACUUCCCCAAAAGAAAAUGACCAUGAGAGAGAGAAAUCAAAUCUUUCAUGAAGUUCCAUUAAAAUUUAUGAUGUCCAAAAACACAUCUGUUCCAGUCUCUGCAGUCUUUAUGGACAAACCUGAAGAGUUUAUAUCUGAAAUGGACAUGUCCUGUGAAGUCAAUGAGUGCCGAAAAAUUGAGAGUCUUGAAAACUUGUAUCUGGAUUUUGAUGAUGAUGUCACAGAACUUGAAACUUUUGGAGUAACCACCACCAAAGCAUCAAAGUCACCAAGUCCAGCAAGUACUUCCACAGUACCUAACAUGACAGAUGUUCCUACAGCCCCCAAAGCAGGAACUACAACUGUGGCACCAAGUGCACCAGACAUUUCUGCUAAUUCUAGAAGUUUAUCUCAGAUUCUGAUGGAACAAUUGCAGAAAGAGAAACAGCUGGUCACUGGUAUGGAUGGUGGCCCUGAGGAGCACAAAAAUAAAGAUGAUCAGGGAUUUGAAUCAUGUGAAAAGGUAUCAAAUUCUGACAAGCCUUUGAUACAAGAUAGUGACUUGAAAACAUCUGAUGCCUUACAGUUAGAAAAUUCUCAGGAAAUUGAAACUUCUAAUAAAAAUGAUAUGACUAUAGAUAUGGUACAUGCUGAUGGUGAAAGACCUAAUGUUCUGGAAAACCUAGACAACUCAAAGGAAAAGACUAUUGGAUCGGAAGCAGCAAAAACUGAAGAUACAGUUCUCUGCAGCAGUGAUACGGAUGAGGAGUGUUUAAUCAUUGAUACAGAGUGUAAAAAUAAUAGUGAUGGAAAGACAGCUGUUGUGGAUUCUAACUUAAGUUCUAGACCAGCUAGUCCAAAUUUUUCCUCAGGACAGGCUUCUGUAGGAAACCAGACUAAUAAUGCCUGUAGUCCUGAAGAGUCAUGUGUUUUAAAAAAACCUAUCAAACGAGUAUAUAAAAAAUUUGAUCCAGUUGGAGAGAUUUUAAAAAUGCAGGAUGAGCUCUUAAAGCCAAUUUCCAGAAAAGUACCCGAAUUGCCCUUAAUGAAUUUAGAAAAUUCUAAACAGCCUUCUGUUUCUGAGCAAUUGUCUGGUCCUUCAGACUCCUGUAGUUGGCCGAAAUCUGGAUGGCCUUCUGCAUUUCAGAAGCCAAAAGGACGAUUGCCAUAUGAACUUCAGGACUAUGUUGAAGAUACAUCGGAAUACCUAGCUCCUCAGGAAGGAAAUUUUGUUUAUAAGUUAUUUAGCCUGCAAGACCUGUUGUUACUCGUACGCUGCAGUGUCCAGAGGAUAGAGACGAGACCACGUUCUAAAAAACGGAAGAAAAUCAGAAGACAAUUUCCAGUUUAUGUACUACCAAAAGUAGAGUAUCAAGCUUGUUAUGGAGUUGAAGCUCUGACUGAAAGUGAACUUUGUCGCUUAUGGACUGAAAGUUUAUUGCAUUCCAACAGCUCAUUUUAUGUUGGAAGAUGUUCAAGAAAAUCACUUGAAGUGCUUUUAAAAGUGGAGAUUGCUGGCCCCACCCUGGAGUGUCUGAUUCACUAGGUCUGUAUUGGGACCUAAGACUUUCUCAGGUGGUACUGAUGCUGCUAGUUUAAGGACCACACUUUGAGAAUCAAUUCUAUAGCUUAUAGUCUCUUUUUCCAGUAGAAUCAACACACUUGUGAUUUGUUUGUUUGCUCUGCUUUGCUAUAAACAUGUUCCCCACUUUCCCUAGUUGCGGUACUCUUUUUAUCUUUUCCCAUAAAAACUUCAAGAUUUACUCCUUUAAAGCAGUUUCCCACAUAGUCUCAUCGCAACUUCUGUAUCCACCCUCCAACCGUAUAAUAUUUAUCAAUUCUGUAUAGUUGAUAUAUAAGCAGUCUUCACUUAGCACACAGUUUCAAUAAGCACAAGUUUUAGUUAUGACCGUGUAUUAACAGUGAGUAAUUGUAUAAAGUAUAAGCUUCACUGCUGGCUCUUCAGUCCACAGAUCACUACAUAAGUAACAGGCACAUCAUGAUCAGUGACCAGUCAUGUCACUUCUUUCAAAGUCUGUUUAUAAUUGGUUAUUGUGUACCCAUUGAGUUCAUGCACAGAAAGCAGAAUAUGCAGUUGUGUUGACUCUUUGUCUCCCAGUGAUAAACCCAUGUGAUAUUUUACCAAAGUAGAUAAUUAAAAGAAUUGGCCAACAAAUAUUAAAGCAAAGCAAAUAAACAAAAGGUGAUACUGCCAGAAGUGAAAUUUGCAUGGAACAUAAAUGGAAUUACAGAGGAAAUAACAGAGAGUGGGAAUGUUGGCACUGCUAUUGUUCCAGUGACUCUAGAUUUGCUGCCAGACAAACUUAGUGAAAGCGUUGUGACACAUAAAGGAUGAACAAGUGACACUGGCAUAAGAUUUUACACUAAACAAAUCCUGAAGAUAAUUUCAUGACAUUGAAGGCAUCAAGGAUGCAGUGUCGGAAGCUGAUCCUUAGGAAUAUGACAGUUCACCAUGGCAUAGAAAAGAUGCAUCCAGCCAGGUGCAGUGCCUCAAGCUUGUAAUCCCAGCACUUUGGGAGGCCGAGGUGGGUGGAUCAUUUGAGGUCAGGAGUUCAAGACCAGCCUGGCCAACAUGGUGAAACCCUGUCUCUACUUAAAAUGUAAAAAAUUAGCUGGGCAGUAGUCGCAUGCGUCUGUAGUCCCAGCUACUCAGGAGACUGAGGCAGGAGAAUCGCAUGAGCCUGGGAGGCAGAGGUUGCAGUGAGCCAAGAUUGCACCACUGCACUCCAGCCUGGCCAGAGACCCUGUGUCCAAAAAAAAGAAAAAAAAGAAAAAGAAAAGAUGCAUCCUUCCUAUCACAAGUUGUGCAAGAAGGUAACAAGCACUGUUCAAACUACUCUUCAUUAACGUUUCAUAAAGAAAACACUUUAAUUUUUUGAAUUACAGUGUACUAAAAUAUUUUACUGUUCUGUUCAUUGACAGAGAAUUUAUAGUGUUUUGAUAAAAAUUUUAAAGGUAACUAAACAGUUGUAAUUUUCCCUAUUGAUUGUUACAAUUGUAGGGUUUCAGCCCAUAUGGGCGUUUUUUUUUGUUUUUUUUUUUAUACUUUAGGUUUUAGGGUACAUGUGCACAAUGUGCAGGUUUGUUACAUAUGUAUCCAUGUGCCAUGUUGAUUUCCUGCACCCAUUAACUCGUCAUUUAGCAUUAGGUGUAUCUCCUAAUGCUGUCCCUCCCCCCUCCCCCCACCCCACAACAGUCCCCGGAUGGGCAUUUUUAUGGUCCUCACACUGCAUGGAAAGCAAGGAGUACCUAUACACAUAUGAAUGCAUGUAUGCAUGUAUAUGUUUAUGUGCAUAUAUAUAUGAAUGAAUGCUUGUAUAUAUAAGCUUUAUUUUUAUUAUGUAUAGAUUUUAUUUGUCCUCUAUAAAUCAGUGCUUUCCAACCUUGAUGCACAUAAAUAUUUGUACAGCACGCUGUGAUAUAUAAGAGAGAUUGCUUGUGGCUGAAGGGCAAUAGCCAGGAAGCUUUUGCCAUCCCAAGCAUUGCUUAGCUGCCUGAAGGGCUGAGGUGAUGCGUAUCUUAAGCACAUAUAUAUCUUAUUUGAGGCCCACAGGUUAGAAAGCUCCAAUGUUGAGAAUUGUGAACUCCUUGAGGAAGUAGAUCCUCAGAGCACUUAGUAUGGUAUUCUCUGUAUAGUUAUUUUUGACAGACCAUAUUUGACAUAUACUAUAAUACUUUUUUAAAUGAGUUUCUUUCAAAAGGUAAGAACUAUUAGUCUUCUCAAAGACAUAAUUAGUAAACAUCUAAAAGUUAUUAUGCUUAGUAUUUCCUUUCUGUGGUUUUUAAAUCAUUACAAUGUGUCUUUGUUAUUAGAAAUGCCACUGUGUAAUGAGUGUUACAUAUAAUAAGUAGGUAUGGGAACAAAUGAAUUUGGUGUCUUACAAGGAAGCCAUCUGGUAAAAAUGUUUCUAAUUAUUUGUAUGAGCAUAAAGCAAAUGAAGUGAAAGGGGGCCUGGUAAGAAAAUGAAACAUUAAAUUAUGUGCAUUUUUAAUUGUCCCAGUGAUUGACAUCAGCUUUCCAGGUAAUUUGUUUUGAUACUUAAAUAUUAGGAGUUAAAAAAAUAAAAACAAUUUGUCUUCAACAUUGAUACGUGUUAUAUUCUCAUCACGCUAUUUGAUGUUUUUAACUAUGGUACAAUACAUAUGAUUUUUGUGUUGACUUGCUUAUAUAACAUUUAACCCGGGACUAUCUUUUAUGUCACUCUUCCUUGGUAUAUUUCAGGACCUUGGUGUUAGCUCUCAACCUGUUUUGUUUUAGAACAUAUGCAUUACUUUUUAAAACAAAAGCAUCAUAUUGAGAAUUUGCUGUUUUGUUUUUUGGAAUUCUAGAUUCAUAACGUGUUUGUAAAAAAAAAAGUGAGAGUCAGGUCUGGGCGCCGUUACUCACACCUGUAAUCUUAGCACUUUGGGAGUCCAAGGCAGGUGGAUUGCUUGAGGCCAGUAGUUCGAGACCAGCCUGGCCAACAUGAUGAAACUCCAUCUCUACCAAAAAUGCCAAAAAAAAAAAGAUAGCUGGGAGUGGUGGCGCACAACUGUAGUCCUAGCUACUCAGAAGGCUAAGGCACAAGAAUAGCUUGAACCCCGGAGGUGGAGGUUACAGUGAGCCAGGAUCUCGCUGCUGCACUCCAGCCCAGGAGACAGAGCAAGACUCUGUCUUUAAAAAAAAAAAAAAAAAAAAAAAUGGUAAGACUUCAGCCGGGCUCAGUGGCUCACGCCUGUAAUCUCAGCACUUUGGGAGGCUGAGGCAGGUGGAUCACCUGACGUCAGGAGUUCGAAACCAGCCUCGCCAACAUGAUGAACCCCAGUCUCUACUAAAAAUACAAAAAAUUAGCCAGGCCUGGUGGAGGGAACCUGUAAUCCCAUCUAUUCAGCAGGCUGAGGCAGGAUAAUCGCUUGAACCAAGGAGGCAGAAGUUGCAGGGAGCCAAGAUCAUGCCACUGCACUCCCGCCUGGGCAGCAAGAGCGAAACUUUGUCUCAAAAAAAAAAAGUAAAACUUGGAACUGACUGCUUUGAUUUUUUUUUUUUUAACUGUGGGAAAACUUACGGUGUGCUUUAAUAACCUUUCUUUUUUUUGAGAUGGAGUCUUACUCUGUCACCCAGGCUGGAGUGCUGUAGCACUGUAUCGGCUCACUGCAACCUCCAUCUCCUGGGUUCAAACAAUUGUCCUGCCUCAGCCUCCCAAGUAGCCGGGAUUACAGGCGCCCACCACCAUGCCUGGCUAAUUUUUUUAUAUUUUUAGUAGAGACGAGGUUUCACCAUGUUGGCCAGGCUGGUCUCGAACUCCUGACCUCAGGUGAUCUGCCCACCUUGGCCUCCCAAAGUGCUGGGAUUUCAGUCGUGAGCCACCGCACCCAGUCUGAUUAAAAAAUAUUAAGCCAGAUUUUCAUAAUCUAAUUUUUAUCUUAAGAACCAAGUGUGUCUUAGAAAGCCCCUGUACAUUUGAUUUUAUCUGCUUAUUUUGAUAAUACAUAGGUAAUUCUCCUCAUAAACGCCAUACAAAUGUAACUUUUUUUUUUUUUUUUUUUUUUUGAGACGGAUUCUGGCUCUGUGGCCCAGGCUGGAGUACAAUGGUGCAGUCUCAGCUCACUGCUGCAAGCUCCGCCUCCCAGGUUCACGCCAUUCUCCUGUCUCAGCCUUCCGAGUAGCUGGGACUACAGGAGCCUGCCACUACGCCCAGCUAAUUAAAUGUAGCUUUAAUAGGAAUUAGAAACACCAGUGUUUUAAUAGUUGUUGUUCAUAAAUUGUAGGCUUUGAAAUGAUUUCAUAUGUGUGGACAUGUGUAAACAUAUUCAGCAAAUAUUUUAGAAUGAAUCUAAAUGUUUUAUAAUCUGAAUUAUGUCAUUUUAAAAUAUAGCUUUACUUAAGACAUAAUAAAAUGUGUAUUUCUCCUUUUAAAAUGUAAAAUUUCUUCACAGUUAUUAAAAUUUGUAAUCUUUAAGGAGACAGGAUAACUUGGUUUUUUGUUUUCUAAAUACUGCAAUUGCUUGUUUAAGUUUGAUAUUUCAUUUUAGGGCAUGUCGAUGCAUUUACUUCAAAGCUUUUUCUGCUGGAAGAAAUUACCUCAGAAGAAUUAAAAGAAAA